CCCGCAGCCUGCAGCCCCGCGACGAGGCCCCGCCGGGAGCAGCCCCUAGACACCUUGGGGCUGACCAGCGGCUGCUCCGAGUCAGAGACAGGAAGUGCUGGCUUGAGCCUCCUUCUGGGUGAGAAGCAUCAUGGCCAGCAUCGUGCGGGCCUCCCUGGCUGCUCUCCUCCUGCUGCCUAUGACCACCGCCAUGCACUCGGACUGCAUCUUCAGGAAGGAGGAAGCCAUGUGUCUGGAGAAGAUCCAGAGGGCGAACGACCUGAUGGGCUUGAAUGACUCCUCCCCAGGCUGCCCCGGGAUGUGGGACAACAUCACGUGCUGGAAGCCCGCCCACGUGGGCGAGAUGGUCCUGGUCAGCUGCCCCGAACUCUUCCAAAUCCUCAAUCCAGACCAAGCCUGGGAGACAGAAACCAAUGGGGAGCCUGGUUUCGUGGACAGUAACUCCUUAGACCUCUCAGACAUGCGGGUGGUGAGCCGGAACUGCACGGAGGACGGCUGGUCCGAGCCAUUCCCUCAUUAUUUCGAUGCUUGUGGGUUUGAUGACUAUGAAUCUGAGACUGGGGACCAGGAUUAUUACUACCUGUCGGUGAAGUCCCUGUACACGGUUGGCUACAGCACGUCCCUCGUCACCCUCACCACGGCCAUGGUCAUCUUGUGUCGCUUCCGGAAGCUGCAUUGCACCCGAAACUUCAUCCACAUGAACCUGUUUGCGUCGUUCAUGCUGAGAGCCAUCGCCGUCUUCAUCAAAGACUGGAUCCUCUACGCGGAGCAGAGCAGCAACCACUGCUUCAUCUCCACCGUGGAAUGCAAGGCCACAAUGGUUUUCUUCCACUACUGCGUCGUGUCCAACUACUUCUGGCUGUUCAUCGAGGGCCUGUACCUCUUCACCCUGCUGGUGGAGACCUUCUUCCCUGAGAGGAGAUACUUCUACUGGUACAUCAUUAUUGGCUGGGGGACCCCAACAGUGUGUGUGUUUGUGUGGGCCAUGCUGAGGCUCUACUUCGAUAACACAGGCUGUUGGGAUAUGAAUGACAACACGGCUCUGUGGUGGGUGAUCAAAGGCCCCGUGGUUGGUUCCAUAAUGGUGAACUUUGGGCUCUUCGUGGGCAUUAUCAUCAUCCUCGUGCAGAAACUUCAGUCUCCGGACACAGGAGGCAACGAGUCCAGCGUCUACUUAACAAAUUUAAGCCCGGGAGUCCCCAAGAAAGCCCGAGAGGACCCCCUGCCUGUGCCCUCAGACCAGCAUUCACUCCCUUUCCUCAGCUGCGUGCAGAAAUGCUACUGCAAGCCACAGCGGGCUCAGCAGCACUCUUGCAAGAUGUCAGAGCUGUCCACCAUUACUCUACGGCUGGCCCGGUCCACCCUGCUGCUCAUCCCGCUGUUCGGGAUCCACUACACCGUGUUCGCCUUCUCCCCGGAGAACGUCAGCAAGAGAGAGAGGCUUGUGUUUGAGCUGGGGCUGGGCUCCUUUCAGGGCUUUGUGGUGGCCGUUCUCUACUGUUUUCUGAAUGGGGAGGUGCAGGCCGAGAUCAAGCGUAAGUGGCGGAGCUGGAAGGUGAACCGCUAUUUCGCCGUGGACUUCAAGCACCGGCACCCGUCCCUGGCCAGCAGCGGGGUGAAUGGGGGCACCCAGCUCUCCAUCCUGAGCAAGAGCAGCUCCCAGAUUCGCAUGUCUGGCCUCCCGGCCGACAACCUGGCCACCUGAGCCCCUCCCCGCCUCUCCUCCUCACACAGGCAGGGCUGCCCGGGCGCCGGCCACACGUGUCGCGCUCUCCUCUCCCUUCUGGCCGGCCCUGGGCGGGAAGCAGGGCUCCCUGAGGGGAGAGAAGGAUGCAGGGCCCCGAUGGGUAUUUCCCCUCCCUGUUAUCGUACUGGUCCCGCCCACCGUGGACCCCCGGGCCCUGGUCCCAGACAUGUAAAUACUACUCAAAUGUGGAAAAGUUGUCCCAUCCCCGACCCCUUUGCCUCCCCUCAAGCAGAUCCCCAGCUCCGCUCCACCUCGUCUGCACCAGCCUCAGUGAUCUGACCCUAUGCGUGAGGCCUUGUGGGUGAAGCUGAUGACCUUGCUUUGGGGGAUUGGGUGGGGCCUGCCUGACAGCCUCCCGCAGUGUCUGGCCCUCACUGUGGACUCAUUCUGUCUGCUCGCCACCCUGGGGCCCUUGUCAGGCUGGCCCAGUCCCCGAGGCUGGCCAGAGGUCCAGCUUGGAUGGCCAGAGUGUCCUUCAGCGCAGGCCGGACGUGAAGCUCCCUCAUGUUCACCCAGCAUCGUGGUGUCCGGGUGCCCAGCCUCUGCAUUUCAGGGCAAUGGGACAGCUCCAGGGCUGUUCCAAUCAGAGACUUCAGUUUGGGUGUAGGGCUAAACGUCAGAGAAAGUUCUGGUGCUUUUCAUUUGGUCCAAGGAAAAUUGCUGAGAGCCAGAAAUGCGGACGUGACUGGAAAGGAGAUGGAAGAGUCUGGGGGAACCCAUGGAAGAAGACUUUCGCCAUCUCCAUUAUUUUCCCCCCGACGCCAGGGGGUCAGGGCUUCAUCUCAGAGCCUCCCUUCUCCCCCGCCACCCCAAGCAUCAGCUGUAGAAGGUGAGGGAUGGUGCCUCCGAGAAACCAUGCCCCCGCCAUGAGCGCCCCGUCCACAUUUCCCCUCAAGUCAAAGCCAUGACUAGGAUGAACCGGACGCCUUCCUGUGAUGUUGGUGAAUUCUGAAGCACUUUUCCCCUCCCAGUGCCCAAGUCCAAGGCCCAGGGUCCCUGCCACCCCCCUCCCACCUCCAUAGACGAUGAGCUCCAGCCACCAGCUCCUCGGGCUUGGACUCUGAGACCUCUGCAAAGACUUCUCUCCACGUGCUCUUGUCAUCAAAUCACCGAGGAGGACGCUUGGGUGUCCUGGAUGUUGAGAGGGGAAGCCACGCCCACCAUGGCUGUUAGCGGAAGCUGCUGAAGGAAGGAGUUGGGUACCCCACACCUGUCCCAGCUCCCCACAGCCUAAGCAUUUAAAAUGGGUCAGAACUAGGUUCAGGGAGGUGGAGGGCCGUGGCCUGCGUGUGGGGCCGGCUCCACUCCAUGUCAGCGUUGGGUGUCCCUGUCAUGUGUGUGUGGACUUGUUUCCUGAUUGUGCUCUGGAAUGCUUGGCGAGUCUGGGUGUCGGGGGGAUGCUGCUCUGCCUGGUUUUAGAAAGAGGAAGGGACCUGGGGGGCCUGAGGAACUGUUCGCUUCGAAGUGACUGAAUAAGGGCUGAGCUGCUUGGUUGAGGGAUGAGUCCUGUGUCUUUGGCUAGUUGAGCACUGUGGACCCUGGAUCCUUGGCAAAGCGGGAGGGAGAAAGGGAGCUACCUGCCAUUUCGUGGGUACAUGUGGAGACUCAGGCUGGUCGUGGGGUGUACAGCGGCCCUUCCCUCCUGCACACACCUUGGGAUCCCCCUCUCUCUGCUCUGGGGCACAAGUGUGUUACCCUCGUGGGUGUCCACUGGCCACCUCACACUUUGGGCCUUGAUGAGGGGCUUCAGAUAAUUGGAAAGAGCCAUAAGCUGGGAUUCACAGACACAGGAUUUGUCCCUGUCAAGCUAAGACCACUGAGACUGGACAGAGCACCCCUGGCUGGGCCUCAGUUUCCCCCUUUUUGAGAUGAGGUGACUUCUAAUGCUUCUCCGGGCUCUGGACUCCAGCAGUAAUUCUCCAGUUCAAACCUAAGGCAGGUAAAAGGGCAUAUAUCAUU